GACACAUUUUGUGUUUGUCCAAAUCCCCGCCCGGUCAACAUGUACUACGCACACGAUACCGUCGCGGAAGAGAACGAGCGCUUACGCCAAGAGCUCAAGCGUGUCAUGACGGAGAGCAAGUCGUUGCAGCAUCAAGUCACGCAACUCAAGCAGGCGGCGGAGCGCGAGGCUGCGUUUCGCCAAGUGUUGGAGUCGGAGCACGAAACCCUCCGCCGCUUCAUCUGCAGCUCGUUUGGACUGCCGACAUCCACGGGUUCGACUGGAUACGGCGGAUUCAAUCCUACGGAAGUGCCGUACACAUUGAGCUUGACGCGGUCAUGGAGUGACCCGACCAAGCAAUCCAGCUCCACGGACGACUCGACGGGCGCGACUCGUGUGUUGACGAAAAGUGCAGAAGCCAUUCUAGCGUCAAGAACUCCAUCUGUCGUGCGAAAAGGAGAGCGGUCUGUGCGCCUUCAAGAAGACUGGAUCAAGGAAGCGGACACCCCGAUGACGACGGUGUAUGGGUUGGGGUCGGAGCCAUGGAGUCGGUUGCUGGCCGAUUGGUCUCAAGGGGACGCAAAGAAGCACGACUACCUAAACCAGUGGCUAUCGUAUCACUUGAACGGGAAGAGGGAUGCCAAAUCUCCGUUUUCAAACCCCCGCGUCGAGCUCAAGUCAAUGAACUCGCACAUGCUCGCAGGGUUCCUCCAGCUUGUCGUGCCUGUGCUGCAAGCCAGCCGCCCGGACCUGAACGUGGACGUGUACACCAAGGACUACGUGGGCCACAGUCUGCGCAUCGUCCUCGAAGACAAGCACAGCCGCAGCUCCGCGAUCCACGACAACAACUACACCGCCGCCCCGUCGUCGACUUGCUUUGACACCUCUCGAGGAUCGUUGCGAUGCCUCGCCCCAAUUCACGAGCACUUGCCCAUCCGCUAAGCUAGACAGAAAGACACCCCGAAUACUAAUACUAUUAACUUAAUAAUCUUGCAUACUGAAAGUACAG